AAUCUUUACAAAGCAAGACUUCCUUUCCAGGCUGUCGCUUAUCACAUAAUCAUAUCAUCAAACACUACUGCCUCCUAGAAAAGGAAAACAAUGCAAAUAUUUUGGCGUGGUGGAUGAAGAUUUAGUAAGGCAGAGGAGAGCAGCAAGAAUCUAGCAGUGUCACGGAGAGAGCAAUACCGCCUCGGCGAACAGAAUCCUUCAGAACGGGUACUCGUGGUGUUCCUACAACUUAGAUAGCAAGGGGUAGAACUGGUUCCGGAGGCACGUCCCUAGGCCAAUGAGUCAGGAUUACGAUUUCCAAGAUGGUGAGUUUGCGACUGCGGUUGCUGCUGCUGCAUUUGUCAUUAAUUCACUUGAAGAAGCUGAAGACUACAGAAGAAAGCUGAGAGGGGAUUUUGGUAAGUCAAAGGAAAAAAUCAAGACUAGGAAACAAGAUUCUUCAGCUGGUUCUGUUAGAGCAACAAGACAUUUCUCUAGUAGGGAAAUGAUAGUUGCAGGUGAAACUUCAGCUAGAAAACCAACAGAAGAGGACAGAAGGCAACAAGAAAAUGCUUUCCCUACCAGAAAACCAAGUCGUUCCUCCUCUGCGAGACCAAUGAACCGACAACCUUUAAGCCAAGUUGUGGAAACCAAAGCAGAUUCUUGGGAGAAAGAUCAGCUAAGAAAGAUUAAUAGAAGGUAUGAGAAAAUGAAAUCCAAGAUUCUUGAUUGGGAGAAGGCAAGAAAGAUGCGAGCCAAACUCCAUGGGGAAAAGAAGAAGAGCGAACUGGAGCUAAGAAGGGCAAGAAACAUGCAACAUUACCAAAACAAGAUAGCGAGAAUUGAUAUGAUUUCUGGAGGAGCAAGAAGGCAGUUGGAGGAGAAAAGAAGAAAUGAAGAGUUUGAGGUUAAAGAGAAGGCAAAGCACAUGCGUUCCAGGGGAAGGAGUCCUUCGAGGUGUUUCUGCUGCUGAAUGUUGCAAAGAACUUCAAAGUUAUUCUAUGCAUGUACAGUAUUUUAUAAACUUGACACGUGUGUAACCAUUUAUUACAGCUACCAAUGAAUUACUUGUGUAAAUGACUCUAAUAACUUGUAUAAGCGCUGUUGGGUUUCGCACUGGGAAGUCUUUCUGGCCUGCCAGCUCAAAAACCUAAACUAUUGCUUCAUAUAAUAUAUAAGCACCUCACUUUUCUU